AUGUCUUCUUCUUUUUCAGAACCUCAUUACAGUUCCCUCCCUUCAUCCUCGAACUCCAAACCUCCACACUUCAUCUCACGCGCCACCGCAACAACAAAAACCGUAUCCGUCACGCGCAGACCAUGGGAGGAAGUUUUCGCACUCUACUCAUUCACGCGCCCUUACUCAAUCAACGAAGCCACUUCGCGCGUGAAGCGUAACCUCAACCACUUCCGCGUUAACUACAUCAUGAUCAUCCUCUUCGUCUUGUUCCUCAGUCUCCUAUGGCAUCCGAUUUCGAUCAUCGUUUUCUUGGUCUCGCUCGUGGCUUGGUUUUUUCUGUACUUCUUCCGUGAAGAACCGAUUGUUGUGUUUGGGCGUUCGAUUGAGGAUCGGGUGUCGGCGGCGGUGCUUGCGGUGGUGACUGUGGUGGCUUUAGGGUUUAGCGGUGUUUGGGUGAACACGUUGGUUUCGGUUGUGGUUGGGGUUUUAGUUGUUGUGUUGCACGCUGCGUUUAGGAGUACGGAAGAUUUGUAUGUGGAUGAACAUGAGGGGUAUGAUGGAGGGUUACUUUCCUUUGCUGCGGGUACCCCUACAAAACGUUCUGCAGGCCAAAAUUUUAAAUAA